AAAAAAAAAAAGACUGAGUUUCACGUGUGACACUAGAGCAGCCAGGCUCAAUUGCCUAAGAAAUUGUUCAUAACCACCUUCUUCCUCCUUGUCAUCAUCAACAACGUGCCUUGAUCAGUAUGAUACCGACAUCAAUAGCGAGAGCUCGAUCGGCGUGGAAGGGACCAUUCUUUGUUGCAUUUCCUAAUCUCGCACAAGCAUUAAAGAAUAACACACCUAUUCGGACGAAUGCAAGGUCAUGUACAAUCCUUCCAAACUUUGUCGGUCUGAAAUUCUUGGUUCAUAAUGGCAAGGAUCACAUUCCAAUCUCUGUCACUGAAGAAAUGGUCGGUCAUAAGCUUGGAGAAUUUGCACCGACACGUAAACGUUUUAGCUACCGUCUGACAAAGAACAGAUGAUCGGACGACAAUCACAAAAACAAAACAGUUGCAUCGCUUACAGUAUAUGCAACUAUCUGUCAUUAUUACGUUGUAUUUUUAAUCGAUUCGUUCAGCCUACAUUGCAAAUUCUCAGCAGCUAUGCCGCAACAAAAGAUACAAUCAUCUACUCAGGCAUGGAUGAUGGGGUCUCAAUGCGAGUCAGCAGUCUACAUUGAUGCGAUAAAGACGCAAAAUUUACAAAAUCUGAUUCAGGUAAUCUCAGCUCUGCUAUCUUACAACUUUGCUUUCUCGUCGGCCUUGCUCAUAUCUCGUAAGAAUCUACGAAGGAUCUUUCCAGAUGGAUUCUUUGGAAUCUCAUCCAAGAAAAUCACGCCUCCUCUCAAACGUUUAUAAUUGGUAACUUUGG